AUGAAUUCUGGGCACACUGAGGAAUUCAAGACAAAUAUUGCCUUGACCUUACAGAAUAUUGACCAUUAUUUUGGUCAAAUUUGGGAAGAUCCAGUUGAGGUGCUCGUGAAAACUCUGUCCAAUGUUUGUCCAAAUCUUGCAGUGGAAGAAUGCUGUGAGAAGGGUAUUGAAUGGGCAACUAAAAACAGAAUAUGUACUUCUCUACCAUUAAUAUCCGAGUCCAGAGAAUGCAGGAUGACUCAGGUGCAGUGCUGCCACAGCCAGCUGGAGCAGGAGCACUGUUCCCAUGGGAUGAGGUUUGCCAACGUGCAGGAGGAGUGUGACUCACAUGUUGGUGAAAAUUCCACCUGUGAAGCAGAAUAUUUCAAGAUAUGUUGUUACUGUUGCUUGCUGGGAAGGGCUGCCCAAAUUCAAGGACAGAGUUGUGAGCCCAACCCAAAGAUAGGACACCAGUGUGGAAUUGUCUUCAAAACUUGCUGUCUGAAAGAUCAGGAAAGCAUCGAUGUGUCCAUCAGUGAUGAUGCUCCUAAGAAGGAGCAAGUUGAGGUUUCAAAGGAGGAACUAGACCAAGAAGAUCCUUAUCUGCAUGAUGGCUGCAGAGGUGGUGGCCCCUGCUCUCAGCAGUGCAGAGACACAGGAUCCAGUUACGUCUGCUCCUGCUUUGUUGGGUAUCAGCUCCAACCAGAUGGGGUCAACUGUGAAGAUAUUAACGAGUGUAUCACUGGGACACACAGCUGUGGGAUUGGCCAGACCUGUGUCAAUACUUUGGGAUCCUUUCGCUGCCAGCGGGACACGAGCUGUGGGACUGGCUAUGAACUGACAGAUGACAGUCGUUGCAAAGAUAUUGACGAGUGUGAGACUGGUACUCAUAACUGCCCCCCCGAUUUUAUCUGUCAGAACACUCCAGGAUCCUUCCGCUGCCGACCCAAGCAACAGUGCAUGAGUGGCUUUAUACAAGAUGCUCUAGGCAACUGUAUUG